UUGGGCGACCAAACAGGAGACUGUGCACAAUGGUCACUGGAGCGAAAGAAAAGUUCUAUAGCUAGUUGCGACAUUCAAUCAUAAUCACAAUUGAACGCGUACAGAUGAUGUAUGUCUACGCCAUACGGUGUACAACAGGCAAGUAAUGACCAUGAGUCUCGCGUGAAAACAACCGCCGCUGUCUCGGGCACCCUCCUUCUCGCUGGAUCGGACCGGGGCCGGCAAAAAAACAAGGCUCGGGGGACUCAAUUGUGUGUGCGUAUCGGAUACGGGAGUACGGGGAUAGACGCUGCAACGGUGGACGGAGCACAUGUUGAAUCAUGGCACGAAUGGCAACGAAUGGCUAUGAAUGGGCACAGGGCAUACAGGGCACAGGGAUUCGGACUCUUGCCAACUGCUUGUGAUUGUUCGCGUAAAAGCCUGCUCCAGUGUUGGCCCAGUGUUGGAGGACAAGGUUGCCGAAGGAUUCUGUUUGUGCGUGUGUGUGUAUCUUAACGCUUGUGUGUUACUGAAAACCUAGAGUCUAUGGGAUAGUUGUGUAGAGGGUGGUGGAAGAUGGAGGGUCGGAAGCCGUGCGGAUAGGUUAGCGGCCGGGGGGCGGAAGCAGGGCGCGGUCGAUCGCAACUCUUGGAUGUGGAG